GAGGGGGGAGGGUGGAAUCGAGCGGCGGCGAAUCGGCGCCGGCGAUUGGGGGAGGCGGCGGCAGGAGCCGGAGGGGAAGGGGGGUAGAUGGAGGAGGAGGUGACCGGGAGCCGCGGGGGGGCGGGGGGCGGGCGGAAGAUGGCGGCGGGGGAGGUGGAGCUGAAGGAGAAGGCGGGGACGGCGUGGAGCCACUCGUAUUUGAACCAGAAGCCGUGGCACCCGCUCUCCUACCCGAACCAGCGCCGGAAGUGGAUCGCCGAGCAGAUCCACGCCAACCGCGCGCGCCGCCAGGAGGAGGUGCAGCGGGAGUUCGCGCAGGAGCAGGAGUUCUUCCGCCAGACCGCCCUCUUCUCCAAGAAGGACAAGGAGAAGAUGGAGAUAAUGAAAGCAGUGAGUUUCAUGUAUGUGCGCCCACCUGGCUACAACGCAGAGAGUGCAAAAGCAGCUGAAAUUGAAGAUGAGAAGAGGAGGUCUGGUCAAGAUGAUGCAACUCAGGGUGCUGCAGCUGCAAGCACCUCUUCAAUGCCAGAUAAGGAACUUGACAAGACCCAUGCAGGUCCAGAUAAGAAAAACAGGCCAAAAGAUGUUUUUGGCCGGGCAUUGCCAACAGAACAAGAAUUUGAAGUACUGAAAAAUGCUCCAAGGUUGGAGACAGGUGCUCCUGCGAGGAUUAAACCAUUUGGAGUUGAAGUUCGUAAUGUUAGAUGUUUAAGGUGUGGAAACUACGGUCAUCAGAGUGGUGACCGAGAAUGCCCAUUGAAGGAUGCGAUCAUGCCUAAUGAGGAGAGCCGUUUGAAAAGGGAUGAUCCUCUUACAGCUAUAAUGGCACAGACUGAUUCGAGUGAGCCUUUGAAGUGGGAACUUAGGCAAAAGCCAGGCAUGAGCCCUCCGCGUGGUGGAUACAACCCAGAUGAUCCUAAUCAGCAGAUUGUAGCAGAAGAUAUCUUUGAUGAAUAUGGAGGAUUUCUCGGUGGUUGUGAUAUUCCAGCUCUUAUUUCCAACUUCUCUGCUAGCAAAUCAAAGAAACGCUCCAAGAGUAAAAGCAAGCACAGGCAGGCUGAGCCUUCUGCUCAUGAGGAGUCAGAUUCUGAAGCUGAGAAGAGCAACAGGGCAUCAAGGAGCAAGAGAAAGAAAGAAUAUAAUUCUGAUUCGUCAUUUUCUGGUGCUGAGAUAGAAGCUAGAAAAGGCAAGCAAAAAAUAAAGCACAAGAAGAAACACCUGUCAGAGUCUUCGUCUGAUUCAGAAGUUGAAGUUGAUAGAGAUACAAGGAGACGUCCUAAGAGAGAGCAUAGGAAGAAGAAAAGAUACGAGACUGAAAGUGCACCAUCUUCUUUCUCUAAAGAUAAAGGAGACAUGGCUCGUAAGGGGCACUCAAGCAGAUCAAGGGAGAAGCAUCGCUACAGUGACACAAGUUGUUCUGGGACUGGGAGUGAGAAGCAUUCAGUGAGACAUAAGGACGAGCAAUACUACAGCGAUUCAAGUUCUUCUAGGAGUAAUCAGCAUUCAGGAAGGCAUUCAAGGAGAUCCAAGGACAGCGACUCAAGUCAUCCUGAGCGCAGUAGGCGUUCAAGGAGAUCAAAGGAGAAGAGGACCUUUACUGACAUGAGCACACAUGACAGGGAAAGGCAUUCAAAGAGAUCAAGGGAUAAACGGGACUACACUGAAUCAAGGCCUUAUGAGAGCCAUAAGCACUCAAGGACAUCGAAGGUGAGCCGACACUUCUCUGGUUCAAGUGCUUCUGAUUAUUCAGGCUCCGAACAACACUACAGUCACCGUCAUCCAUCGUAGAAGAAAAUGAGUAGUGUACUGGUGUAUAAUCUCCAUGAUGUCUCCACAGAAGAUCGCUCGUGCUGUUUGUGAUGUCAUUAGCUACAUAUGUUUGGUCCACGGGUUACUGGGGGUUUGGUGGGUGCAUCUGCUAGUCUGCUACUCGACUUGUGAAUGCGACAGUGAUGUACAUUGUGUGACUGAAUUUUGUCGGCUGUGGAAGAAUUGUUGUUCCUUCAGUUGUAGGCUUGUAUUCGAGGGACUUCCAUUCAUUAGAAAAUAUCUGGUGGCCUCAUGGUGUCUUUUGAAUUCAUGCACUGAAUAAAGGCCCUGAUUUGUAAACGAGAUUCCAAUGCAAUGUAGUGCUCCACUGAACUACAAAGUUCAGCACCAAAUGAACA